UUACCAGUCCAGCGGUGCUCACUGCUUACCCUGAUCGGAAGGACCCUGACAAAACUUCAGUACUUCAGUACCAGUCGUCUGCAGUGCAUCCAGCGCGCAGAUUACAUAUGUCGAAAUAUGCCGUCCUACGUGAUUACUGGAGCAGCUCGUGGUAUAGGGUUUGAGUUCGUCCGCCAGCUUAGCGUACAACCCGAUAAUGUCGUGUUCGGCUUGGUGCGCAACAAGAGCACGGCCACAAAGCUGCUCGAGCUCGCGGAUGGCUCGUCCAAUGUUCACGUCCUGCAAGCGGACAUCGCAGAUGCGCAGGCACUGAAGGAAGCUGCAACUGAGGUUGCAAAGAUCACCGACGGUACCCUAGACUGUUUGAUCAACAAUGCUGCGUUCCUCGAGAUGGAGCGUAGGCACCUAACCUUGGAUGCCUACCCCGAAGAAUUCCUCGCCAAGGAUCUCCGUGACUCUUUCGAGGUCAACGUGAUUGGUGUCAUCCAGACCGUCAACGCGUUUCUCCCGCUCAUCCGCAAGGGCACCAUGAAGAAAGUGCUCGCCCUGAGUUCCGCGCAGGGCGACCUCGACGCCGCGCUCAACGUCGGCAUUGCCAUCGCGGGGCCGUAUUCCGUCUCCAAGGCCGCGCUGAACAUGGUCGUAGUCAAGUACGCCGUGCGGUUCAGAGACGAGGGCAUCGUCUUCCUGUCGAUCAGCCCCGGACUGGUGAACACCCAGCAGGGCCCGCCGCCGCCAGCUGUGCAGGCAGAAAUGGUCGCGCUCAAGGAUCGCCUGGAGAAGUUCUACCCUGACUGGAACGGCAAGCCGCUGGAGCCAGAGGAGAGCGUGAGGAUGCAGCUGGAGGUCCUGGAGAAGGCUACGAUUGAGGAGAGCGGUGCCUUCGUGUCGCAGCACGGCAAUAAGUACUGGAUGUGAAGUCGUCCGCACGCAGAGGAUCGGAAGGCGUAGCUUGAGGCGUUAGUGUAUCGAUAUUGGGGGUAAAUGUGAUCCUUAGAAUGAUACUUGUUGUGUCCGAGGCCUUUUGAGAGGAUGUGACGCGUGCCCGAUCGCAAGCCUGUAGUGCCUAAGUUGUGACAAGCAUCUGCUUUCCCUGCGUCAUCGCCGCGCCCCCCGCCUGGCCUGGUCGUAUAUAGGCUGAGCCCAGCAAUGCUCUUCGUUCCGCGCAUAUACUCAGCCUUCGCUCCCCGCCUAUCCAUCCGCACCAUGACCGCGCUUGCAUCCCAGACGAAGAUCGACCUGCCGAACGACUCGUCCCUGCCGGGAGAGCACUUCGAGGUCCGCCAGACGGCCACCUCGUCCGACAUGCACCCCAACCCAGCCAACUCCAUCCCCCUGCCGCCCGCGCGCCAG